AUGACGAGGUCCAUCUUGGAACCAGCUUUUCGACGCCUAUUUGUGGAGGUGCCCAGUGAGCGACGCUCUGGUGGCGGGCGGGUGGAGCUCUGGUGGCCAGGUGGUUGUUCUAGUGGGUGGGUCACAGAGCUAGGGCAGCCGGUGGGUUGGGCGGAGGUUUUCGACGGCGGCGGAGCCAGGGCAGCCGGCGGUAAGGGUCGGGUAGUGGCGACGGCAAGGGUCGAGCAAUGGCAAGGGAGUCGGCGGAGGCCGCAAGGCCGGCGAGGGCUGGAGGGAGCUUCCGGCGGGGCUGGACCAGGCGGCGGGGGUCGCAGGGAAGCCGAUGGUGGUGGGGCUGCAGGGAGGCCGACGGCAGCAUUGGGUAGGGCAGCGGGGGCCGCAAGGAAGCCGACGGCGGCGGGCAGGGCCGGAGGCUGA